UUAAAAAAUAUUCAUAUCUCAAGUGUCUUUAUCUAAAAUGUCAGUUGUGAUUAUUCACGAUUGUGUCGUAAUCGCCAAUGUGUGUGUCACAUAUACCAACAUUGCGGAUUGCGUGAGGAUGCCAUGUGAUGUCUAAUAAUAUAUAGUGCGUCGCAUGUUUGUCGAAGGAAGGCUCGUAUUACCGGCGCUCGCUUUCAGUUGCAAGUCGACAAUCAAACGCAAACUUGAAAGAAGUCCGCACACAUUGUCAUGGCGCCCGCUCCGAAGUAUAAAAUCGCACACUCGAAAAAAUUUGGAAGGUAUCUUGUAGCGGCUAGAAACUUAGCGCCGGGAGAAGUUGUAAUUCGCGACAAACCGAUCGCGGUCGGCCCAACGACAUGCGGAAAGGAUUGUUUCUGCUUUGCAUGUUUGCGCUUAUUAAUCAAAAUCGGCGAACGGAAUCAAUACAUUUGUUCCAAAUGUAACGUCGCGCCGUUGUGCAGCGUUACAUGCGAGGAACAAGCGAGACAUCACACAAGCGACGAGUGUCAGAUAUUUAGAGACAACCGAGACGCAUUGGCGAAAAACGAAAAUGACGUGACGAGAAUAUUGUUACCGUUGCGGGUGUGGUUGAUGAAACACAAGAAUCCGGCUGUGUGGGAAGAAGUAGACCACAUGGAAGCUCAUCUGGAUAAGAGGAUAAACAAACCUAUCUGGAAGAACAGAGAAGUCAAUGUUGUAGAUGUGAUUCGAAGACUUCGCCUGCCCGUUGAAACUGAGCCGCCCAGUGUAGAAUUAAUUCAAAAGGUGUGCGGCAUCAUAGAUGCGAACACCUUCGAGUUGCGAUCACCCGGCGCCGUUGACGGCGUCCUGCUUCGUGGUUUAUACAUCGACGCGGCCUUGAUGGCUCAUGAUUGUCGGGGCAACACUCAUCUAACCGUCGAUGACAAUUUUCAGCUAACCGUUUACGCAAGUAUAACGAUCAAGGAGGACGAGCCCAUCUUUUUCAAUUAUACUUCAUCGCUAUUGGGUGCAGCUGACAGAAGGGAAUAUCUUCGAGAGGAAAAAUAUUUCGAAUGCGAAUGCUCAUUGUGCGAGGAUCCUUACGAAUUGCAAUCGCAUUUGAGCAGCGCGGUAUGUCCGCGAUGCAAAAAGGGAUACAUAGGUAUAAAAGACACUUCCGUAAAGGAUCCGUACGAAAACCAAUGGCAAUGCCAGACUUGUAAGAGGACCUACGGCGGUCGUCUCGUUAGAGCUACGUUGAAUAUAUGUAAAACGUUAAUCGAAGAAUGCGAGAAUGACGAUAUAAAAAGCAUCGAUAACUUGCUCAAAAGAUUAUCUCGCUCGCUACACACCAAUCACUUUCUGAUGUUAUCCCUGAAGCAGAAAUUAUUGACGGUGUGUAGAAGGGAAAUCGCAUCGCUGAAUCCACAGAAAAAAAUUUUACUACGGAUGCUGGACACCUGCAAGGAAAUCUACGAGGUUUUGGAUAUAACAGAACCUGGCGUAUCACGUUUAAAGGGAAUACUGUUGUACGAAAUGCACUUACCUAUGAUAAUACUAGCGAAUCGAUCUUAUUCCGCGCGUGAGAUCUCAUCGGCGCAAUUGGCCCGCCGAUUGGAAGAGGCCAGGAACGUUCUAAAGAACUCUCUGACCAUGAUUCUUCUCGAACCGCCAUCAACUCCGGAAGGGAAAUUAGCUAAAAGAGCACUUGAAGAAUUACGAAUGUUAAAUCAGAAUAUAAGCGACGUGAAAUCCUUACCAUCAGAAGAGCCCAAAAUCCGUCGUAAAUGAUAUAUCCUAAAAUUCGCAUGUAAACAACACACACGGAAGGAUAAAAUGAUAAAUUCUUUACAAAACAGCAAUUUAAUAAAUUUUUUUCACUG